GACGACAUGUAUCGCAUUCGCUACCUAGAGAGCGUGGUAAAUGUCACGUCUGGUUGCGGAGGUGGAUUGUUGCGUACCGUGAAAAGAAAAAGAUUUUAUCCUGAAAAUGACAUCUCUAUUGAGAAAUUGUUUACGACUUUCACGAAAUUUAUCUGUCACAACACCAAAAUGUUAUCCAAAACUUCUCCCAUCGCUAAGAGCAAACUCAACGGUAGCUGAAACAACAGAAGCACAACCAACAAUACGUAAACCUAGCCGAGUGGAUGUAGAAAAUUUAAAGGAAUUUGGUCAGUAUGUCAGCGAAUGUUUACCAAAAUAUGUGCAAAAGAUCCAAAUUGUUACUGGCGAUGAACUUGAGGUAUUAAUUGCUCCAGAAGGAGUUGUUCCGGUAAUAACAUUUUUGAAAGAUAAUCAGAAUGCACUAUUUACAAAUUUAUCCGAUAUAACUGCAGUAGAUGUACCCUCUCGUACAUACAGAUUCGAGAUUGUCUACAAUAUUCUAUCAUUAAAAUAUAAUUCACGUGUUAGGGUAAAAACAUAUACAGACGAAUUGACACCUAUUCCAUCGAUAGUAUCUGUGCACGAUAGUGCUAACUGGUACGAACGAGAAGUGUGGGAUAUGUAUGGUGUGUACUUUUCAAAUCAUCCGGAUCUUCGUAGAAUUCUCACAGACUAUGGUUUCGAAGGACAUCCAUUAAGGAAAGAUUUUCCACUAUCUGGUUACGUCGAGGUACGUUACGACGAUGAAAAGAUGAGAGUGGUGUGCGAACCGUUAGAAUUGACACAGGAAUUUCGUAGAUUUGAAUUGUCUACCCCAUGGGAACAGUUCCCCAAUUUCCGCGAAAGUGGACCUGCUAUUGAGGAAGAACCAAAAAAGAAAUAAUUUAUGUCACUGAUAUGUUCUGAUAGUUUAAGCAAAAUUUAAUUGUUAUACAUUUCGCAUAUAGACUUUAUAGAAACAUACUGAAGGGGUAACUUUGUCAUUUACAUAUUAUCAAUGAUGCUAGUAUCGAACCCCUUCAAUAAAAAAAAUUCAAACUACAAAACAUUUUUUAUUAAUCCUAGAGAAGUGUAAUCACCUACCAUUCUCGUAGGAUAUCACGAAUAAGAUAUGCAUGUUUCAUCUCAUUAUUUAUUUUACAUAUUGUAUAGUAUUAUAAAUGUAAUUCAUUAACUGUAAAGUACUUAAAUUCUAAUUUUAAGGCAUAUUUUUCGGUGAAUUGUAAACGAAUGAAUAACAAAAUUGACUGACUAUCUUCCGCGAAAGAGUGUUUGUAACAGUAGGAAUUAUUUACAUACUUAUCCUUCGUUUUAAGAGAAGUGUAAAAACAAAUAUUUGACAUUUUUCUUUACAGUUACGUUUAUAUUAAGAAACCUUUAUGUGCACUAAAUUAUAUUAUUGCGCUCUUUUGUUUGUUUAAAUUACAGUAGCACCUGCAACUAGUGCGCUUCAGAA